CAAAAGUUAACUUCCACAAUACUGAAGUUGAACCAGUAAUUAGUAUAUUUAUAAUUACGUGAUGUUUAUGUACUACAGAAACACUUCGCAACACACUGUAGUGAAAGUAUUGUGGUAUAAAAAUAGUUUAAUAAUAUUUUUAAAGAGUACUAUUCUAAUAAAGUGCUUUGUAGGAAAGCUUAUGUGGUUAAUUGCUGCAGGUGUUGAUAGUUUUAGAGCUAGCGACACUAUUGCUUCCUAUGUUGAACAAAUUAUGUUAUAAACAUAUCUCUAGCUUAACUCAAAUGCUAUGAAAUACUUAGGUGACUUUAUAAUAAAAUCUGUCUGAAACAAAAUGAAGUUAUACAAGCUGUAUUUAUUGUUUCACUUUCACAGUAAAAAUUAUAGCUGCUCAUAGCUUACUACCUAAUUUUGUAAACUAAACGUUUCGUGCAGUAUGCUAUGAUGGUAGCACGUGAUAUUUAGUUUAAAACUGUCUCUCUCUGGUUGUUCGCUGUAUCCCACCUGAUGGCAAUUAGCUGUUAUUCGAUUCACAUCAUAUAUUUACAUUCCGACGAUCAUGUUUUUGCAAUUGACAAUCUACAAACUUUGUUAUCAAUGCAUGGAUAUGACGAUCAAAAUAGGGUGUGACAAGCAAUAGCAUUGGUUGAAAUUCACCCACGUGAUAAUACAGAGUUCAAGAUGUCUGCUUGGGGAAGACAUCGAUUGUUCCAUCAGUGUACGGCAGUCUUGAAUGUUCCGUGAAAUUUGAGUAGCCACAGCAUGAAAAAUGCCCCAAAAAAUGAAAGCGUGUGAAUAUGGGAUCCCAAACGCUUGAAAUUCUUCGUCAGGGUGUAUGGGCUUCACUUACAGGAGGCUGGUUUUACGAUCCACACCAGGAUAUAUUCUGCAAUACAUUUCAUCUUUAUGUUUGGUUGUUCCUGCUAUGUCUACCAUUUACGGUGUACUUGUUUUUUCCACCUACACUAACGGCAUGGGCGGGAUAUUGCACUGCAAUUGCUGCCCUAUUUGGUGUGCUGAAAGCAACCAAUAUGUGGCUUCAUCAUGUGUAUGACACUUCAGAAUGUGUGCGUGAAGAGGAGUUCGAUGCUCGCGACGGAUGUCGACGACAUGCAGAGGAUGUGACCUUCCGUUCAAGAUUUGCCACCGAGGAAGGCAUCGAACUGCAGGACUUGGGCAGCAGCAGUGGUGCAGCGGGAGGGAAGAGGUCGAGCGACACCCCGCCGGUGGGAUGCAGCUCCCGCAACUCGUACACGGAGCCCGGCAACGGGAACGGAUCCGGUCAAGGCGUGAGUGCGGCAGCUGGAGGUGUCGCCUCCCAGCCAGGGGGUGGCGGAGGGGGCGGUGACCGCGACUCACUCAACUCAUCCACGGAAUGCCACGCCAGUGCCACGCGUCUUGGCAGCCUCGACGAUUCCGUAUUCCGCAGUAACGGAGUCAGCAGUACGAUAGACCUGAAAGUGGAUGUCCACCGCAAGAACAGUUCGGAGAGCAGCGAGGAGGUCGCAGUACUGAGGCCGGUGGUGGAGCGCGUGUCGGUGCACCGUGCGGAGGCCUGUACGCAGGCGGACCACAACUGGUCGCUCAGAGGCUCGAAGACGCGUGAGAAAAGAUCUCGACAGCGAGCUGGCAGCAUAUCGGUGGCUGUAGUCGACGAGCUGCCUUCGACGUCGGGAACGGGUGGGAUUGGACGUCGCACGAGUGGUAGCCGCAGUUUCCGGAAGCAGUCAUCAGACACUCACGACGAGCGUCGCCACCGCAGGCAUCACAGGCCGUCGCUUGACCCCGGUACCGCGGCCUCAAGUUCCUCCGUGUCUGGCCCUCUGCAGGCCAGUGUGCGCCGCCUGUCGAACGCCCCCAACGGCAGUCUCGGCUUCCUGCCAGGUGGGGCAGCCACUCCCCCACCGCCCACCAUCAAGCCCACAGGGUCUCUAGAACUCGGCUGCAUGCUCGAGAGGGAGAAAGGCUUGGUGUACUGGAAACAGCAGAAUGCACGCCAGGUGAGGCGUAUUCGUUCGGGUGUGCUGGAGCGAUACAGCUCUGUGCCGGAGGGAGAGAGCGGGGGCAGCAGUGGAGGCUCCGGGGCAGUCGGGGGACGGGCGUCCCCGACUCCGAUGCCGUCGGCCGAGGGCGUGGCGUCCGGGUCGUCGUCGAGCGGUCCUCACCGCUACGCUAGCUUCGGCAGUGAGAUUGUCUACCCGAUUGCCGAGCAGUCGGACGAACAUGCAACGAGUCUCGGUGCAGACACGGAUGAGAAUGGAGGGGCCGGAGGAUCGCGGUCUCCGCUGCUUGUGCGCCAUGAGAGCUUCAGUAGUGUGACGGACCAUAGUUCUCGGGCAGCAGGUACUAACAGUGCCGCAGACAGUGGCGUGUCCAGCAACCACCGAAUACCGGGGCGCACGUUCCGCAAAAGGUUCGGAGCCUGUUCUUCGGCCGACGAGCUCCUGGACGGAGGAGACGACGAAGACGAUUAUGACGAAGAUGAGGGCUUGCCGGGAGAAUCGUGUGCCACGGACGAAGCCAGUGGGGAUGAGGGCGACAACAACAGUGCUGCUGCUGACGGCAGCCCCGGCUACGUCAGCCCGUCACCUGCUGCUCGACGGAGGACCGAGUGUGCCAACUUCGCACUGAUUGUCAGUGAAACUGUGUGCUGCCGGUGCAACCGCCAGGAGUGCAUUAGUUGUACAGUGGCUCCUCCGCCCUGUGGCGUUUCUAAGGCUCCGUCCGAUGCGGCCACGACCACCACUCGCGAUGCCUCUUCCAGCCUCGUGGGGCUCGAUUGGUUGUUUGAUCACACCGACAGUGACACCGCCGGGCAAACGUCGCCACUGCCGGCAUCUGCAGCCUCCGUCGGUAAUGAUGCCAAUCUGUGGAAUUACACAUGUUCGGAUGACAGUGACUCCGGGUCCAUAAUGGAUAUUAGAAGUGGCUGCCGCAAGGACUCGGAAGACUCCGGCAGCUCGAGCACGACGCCGAGUGCUGAGCACGAGGGUUCGAAGCUGCUGCCGAGAGAUCGCGGGGGCAGUGGUAGCCGAGAGGCGGGCAGUGGGCAGGGCAGCAUCCGCAGCCAGGGAGCCAUUCCCAAGCAGCGCCAGAGGCAACGCCAGCGGCGGUCCUCGGCAGCUGCAGAAACAGCAGAUGAGCAGCCACGCAGUGCCGUGCCUCUGGUCGUUCGGGAGGCACACAUAACUACGACGAGCGACAACUUUGACAGCUGGAGGCGCCUGAGAAAAGCGGCAAGGGACCACGAGCGUGCGUCAGCCGAAAGAGAGAGCCCAGAUGAGAAAAUAAAUGGCAGUUCCUACAGAGCGAAGUCUUCUGACGGAGCUCCUCCUCUGCAGCGGAAGGACUCGGGCGAAGUGGGUGCUGGGGACGCCGGUCGACCUGAGGUGCCGCGGGCGCGGCGGACUUCCUCGCAGGGUUCCCAGCUGAGACUGAUGCCACCACCUCACCGGUCACGUGCAGGGGACGAUGAGGUGCUGACACCAGUCCCAUGGGUUGCCGCUUUCCUCGCUGCUCGCCGUGAAAUAAUGGGCGAUUUGGAAAGCUUGGGUUUCAGUGCCAACACACCGAGCGGACCUCCUGUUCGGUCACGCCACCGACGCAUCAGGCGGGGAAAUCGAGCUCACAGGUCGAGACCCGGAGUCGUGCGUGAUCCGCCACUUGCGACCUCGUCCGCACCUGUGGCCACUUCCCCGCCGGGCGGGAAUAACAGUUCCUGUCCGCCGUCGACUUACACCCCCAUGGAGGCGCUGGCGUCGGCCAUUUCAGGGGGAGCCGGCACGCACAUCGCAACUUCGCACGACGACACGACGGAAGGUGCGGUCCACUGCUUUCGCGACGAGCACGGAAACUGGAUGUCGUACACGUUUCACGAGCGUGGGGCCGGCACGGCAAACCAUGGUGUGAUGCCCAUAGCUGUGGCAGCAGCAGCCGCGGCAGCAGAAGUCGGGGAGGAGAGCCCCAGCAACUCGUCGACCGUGUCGGCAACUUCGGGCGGCGGCAGCGGUGGCCGGGUGAAGGCAGGAGUUGCCGCCCCCCUGCUGCCGUACCACGGGCACGGGCUGUACAUACUGGAGACAGUGAUGCCUCCCUCGCAGCGGUCGCCGUUCCACAUCCUUCUGGAGCCUGGGGGCAACACGUGUCGUCUGGUGCGGAGGUCUCCACCCCCGCCUCACCGCAGCACUGGAAGCUCUGCUGGGCAGCAAGCGGGGAUCGGAGCCGGAGCUGCACACCAGGCUGCCUCCAGCGAGACGGACACGGAGGUGACACUGACACGUGCCGCCGCCGCGACGGGGCGCUUCAGGUUGGCCGACGUUACUGCCGGCCUCACCUCGGACGACAUCAGGCGCCCACGUAGAUACUACAAGCUCAAGCUUUUUCGCUGCCUAAAUAUCAAGGUCCGCUUUGACCGUCUCGCCUUGGUGGCGCUGCUGGACCGGAACUUGACACUUGCUGAGGCAACGCUGUCUUUCUGCCUGGCAGUCGCUGUGGCCGCCCUGGGUGCACGUGUCCUGCAGCUCGGCUUCUACAGGGACAUUUUCGCAUUUGUCUUCUGCUUUGUAGUUGCUGGGUGCCAAUAUUCUUUGUUGAAAAGUGUCCAGCCAGAUGCAGCAUCACCAACACAUGGCUUCAACCGCAUUGUGGCCCUCUCACGGCCCGUGUACUUCUGCCUGCUAUCGAGCCUGGUGCUAAUUACACACUUCUCUGUCGAGUCCGGCCACUCUGAUCCGACACCACAUACUGUCUACGGUGUGACAUUUUCUGCACGGCAGCUUGCACUGAUGGCGAGGGAGGUGAUGUUGAAUUCAUUGCUGCUCCUGCCUCUCGCCUUCAGUCUGGGUCUGCUGCCACAGGUGACGACAUUUGCCAUGUACCUGCUGGAGCAGCUGGACAUGCACGUGUUCGGUGGGAACGCGUGUACCAGCCUCGGUGCGGCUGCGUACUGCGUGCUGCGCUCGGUUGUCGGUGUGGCAGUGCCUGCCGGCUUCGCGUACGGCGCCCUGACGGAGGAGGCGGGUGCACGCCACAUGCUGUUCUCCAUCUUCUGCGGCCUGCUGGUGGCUGUGGCGUAUCACCUCUCACGCCAGGCAUCGGACCCCGCCCCACUGUGGGUAGUGGUGGAGAGUGCCCUGUGGCCACCGGCAGACCUGAUGGCAGUGCCAGGGGCUGGGGACGCCCUGCCGUCGUCACGGCAGGCUCACGGUGGUAGCGUGCGGAACCGCAGCAGGAAGCACAAACACCGUGGCACUGGUGACAGUACCCGGAAAAAGAAGCUUGCGCAGGAAGGAGCCGACCCCGAGUCAGGAGUGCCGACGACGUCUACAACAGGUGGCCAGUCGUCUGCGUCUGCUCCACCACCACCGCUGUCUCCUCCUGAACCUCCGGACACAGACCCUCUUCCAAAGGAGCUGACACGCACGGUGCGAGCGCGACUGCGCUCGGACGGGCUGGUGUGCCCGGCGGCGGCACUGCUGGUAUGUGGUGUGCACGCCAGCACGGCGUUCUCGGCGCUGCAGCCCGACCUGCAGCCGGCGCUGUGGGCGGCGGCGUGUGCCCUGGGCCUGCUGCUGCACUACGUGGUUCCGCAGCUCCGCAAGCAGCUGCCCUGGCUGUGCGUCGCCCGCCCCAUCCUGCGCGCCCACGAGCACGGCCAGUUCGAGGUGCGCCAGCCCGCCAAGCUCAUGUGGUUUGAGAAGACGUACGUGUACCUGUGCUUCCUGGAGAGGAACGUGCUGUAUCCGGUGCUGGUGGUGAGCGCGCUGACUGCGGACGCACCGCAACUGGCAGAGAAUGCCGGUGCCGGCUGGGGCGCACUGCUGGCAGCCGUCUGCGGCCUCAAGUGCCUGCGCUGUGCCUUUUCCGAUACAGGCAAUCAGUACCUCGUCCUCGCCUUCGCCGUCCUCCUCUUCCAGAUAGACUUCGCUGCCGCCUCGCAGACCUUCAUCGUCGACUACUUCUUCGUCGGUAUAGUGUUCAGCAAAGUCUACGAGUUCCUCCUCAAGGUGCAGUUUGUGGUGACGUACAUCGCCCCUUGGCAGAUCACGUGGGGAUCGGCAUUCCAUGCCUUUGCACAGCCAUUCUCAGUGCCCCACUCUGCCAUGCUGUUCGCCCAGGCAGCCCUGUCUGCCCUGGUGUCGGCACCUCUCAAUCCGUUCCUCGGUUCGGCAGUCUUCCUCGCCUCUUACGCUAGGCCGGUAAAGUUCUGGGAGCGCGACUACAAGACACGGCGUGCCGAUCACAGCAACACGCGGCUCGCGGCACACCUCCUGGAGCACCGCAGUCUGGGUGCAGACGACAAUAACCUCAACUCCAUCUUCUACGAGCACCUCACCCGUUCUCUGCAGCGCUCGCUCUGUGGAGACCUCAUUCUCGGACGGUGGGGCCCUGUCUCCCAGGGGGACUGCUUCGUGCUGGCGUCAGACUACCUCAACUGCCUGGUGCACAUCGUGGAGCUGGGCAAUGGCCUGGUCACGUUCCAGGUGCGAGGCCUCGAGUUCCGUGGCACCUACUGCCAGCAGAGGGAGGUGGAGGCCAUCUCGGAAGGAGUCGAGGAUAAUGACGGGUGUUGCUGCUGCGAGCCGGGCCACCUGCCACACAUGUUGAGCGCCAACGCGGCCUUCUCCCAGCGCUGGCUCGCCUGGGAGGUCACUGCCACCAAGUACGUGCUAGAGGGGUACAGCAUCUCGGACAACAGUGCCGUCUCCAUGCUGCAGGUCUUCGACUUCCGCAAAGUCCUCAUAACGUACUAUGUCAAGAGUAUAGUGUUCUAUGCCAUUCGCUCCCCACGCCUUCUGGAAUGGCUGACUUCGGAGACGAUCCUAGAUGCUCUGAGGCCGACACUCGACAGAUCUUUUGUCGAUUUGGACCCCGUGUUCAACAUGAAUAUAGAUGAGGACUACGAUUUCCGUGCAUCUGGGAUUACACGGACCAGUUUCUGCAAUGUGUACCUCGAGUGGAUUCACUUCUGUGCCAGUAAGAGGAAGGAAGCAGAGAUUGCGAGAAAAGCUAGCAGCAGCGGUGCCGAGGCAUCCAGUUCGGAGACACUGUUGGCGCAGUUGUCGGAUCGAGGACGCGACUCGACGUUGGUGUCCCUGUGCUUCGCGUUGAGUCUGCUCGGGAGACGAACGCUUGGGGCUGCCUCACAUAACACUGUCUCAAGUGUGGAGUUCUUCUUGUACGGCCUGCACGCACUUUUCAAAGGAGACUUCCGGAUAACAUCUGUGAGGGAUGAGUGGAUAUUCUCAGACAUGGAGCUCCUGAGGAAGGUGGUAGCACCCGGAGUGCGGAUGUCCCUGAAGCUUCACCAGGACCACUUCAUGGCCCCAGAUGAGUACGAAGAGCCUGCUGCUUUGUACGAGGCCAUCUCCCAGCAUGAGGAGAAGCUUGUAAUCUCUCACGAGGGUGAUCCUGUCUGGCGGAAUGCCGUCCUGUCGGGAACUCCUUCACUCCUAGCUCUCAGGCACGUGUUGGAUGAUGGCACAGACGAGUACAAAGUGAUAAUGCUAAACAAAAGGUACCUGAGCUUCCGUGUGAUAAAGGUGAAUCGCGAGUGCGUGCGCGGCCUCUGGGCGGGCCAGCAGCAGGAGCUGGUCUACCUCCGCAACCGCAACCCCGAGCGUGGCUCCAUACAGAAUGCCAAGCAGGCACUAAGAAAUAUCAUCAAUUCAUCGUGUGACCAACCGAUCGGCUACCCCAUUUACGUUUCACCACUGACAACUUCGUAUGCCGAUACGAACGAACAGUUGUGCAGCGUUAUUGGUGGACCACUCAGCCUGGGAGGCAUCAAACGUGCUGUCAUUAGACUGUGGAGGAGAGUACGUCGGAGAUGUGGGGAGGGCUGCUCGAGUGGUGGGUCAGUUCCUCAGGAUGAUGGUGGUUUUGGCCACGAAGGAGUCUAUGCCAUGACAGCCUGCAACAUACAUUCGGGGUACGGGGGCAGCGGUCACAACACGUCGGGCAGCCAAUCUGCGGAGAGCUCGCAGCCCGGUGCGGGCGCCACGGUGCGCGGCGGCAGUAUAAGUGGCGGCACUGGUGGGAGCCUGGGCAGGGGGAACCGCGGCUCCCUGGCGUCGGCAGGCAAGCCGUCGUCGUCCACACUCGCGUCGCUUGCGGGCCUGCUGGCGGCUGCGGAGGCAUCGCAGGCGGCCAAGUCCGCCGCGGGUGCGGCUGCGGUUUCUGCGGGAGGAGACCAGGCGCCGCAGCAGCAACAGCAGCUGGGGUCACAAGUGAGCGUGGCCAGCGUAGCAGUGUCCACGGCCGCCACGGCCACCAAUGAUCCGGACGACAAGGAGCCCAUCCUACAGAGGGUCAGAAUACAAGAUCCAAAUCAAGUGUACGAUGCCAUAAAUUUGGGAAGGCGUAUUGACGUCGUGUGGCCAGACGAGCACAUGCAGGCGAGAGGUGGUCGAUCGAGUUGGAGGGACUGGCUGCCGGAAAGGGGUAUGGAAGGCCAGGUUGUACAUAGAUGGGUGCCUUCACAUCGUGACCCCAACCGUCGUUCACAUGUGGACCGUACAAUUCUCCUAGUGAAAAUUGAUGACAAGUAUGUUCCAAUUGCAGAGAGUGGAACGCAGGACCUAGGAGCAGAAGUUUAGCAGGUUUGACCAGUUGUCACAGUUACAGAGUGUCAGCUGUACCGUUUCAAAAUUUAACAUUUCUGUUCUAAGCGUACCUGUUCUGUACACGCACCAAGAGCUGCGUGUGCACUCGACAGAAUGUUGUCACGGAGUGGCAAACCCGUCUUGCUUUUAACAACUAUAUAAAAUUUAUUUUUUUACUGUGUAAAUGAAAAACUUCCUGGGAUUAUGUAAUAGGUUAAUGUUUUCUAUUGGUCUUCGUACAGUCUCUCUCGUAGUCAGAUAAUGGAUUUAAGACUGACAUAGUUUAAUUGAGAUUACAGGUAUUAUUAUAGUUUCUUUAUCUGCCAAUGUUUGAAAGCAUUUCUGCAGGGAGCGUGUCGUGUAAUCACUGGAACCGCAGUUGUGCUUUGCAAAAACUUCAACACUAAGCUGUGGAGAGGCAGUUGUGACUGCAAGAAAAUAAAGAGAAGCUCUGCUGUUUUGUGAAUAUAGCGUGUUUCAUAUUUCUUGUGCUUCUGGACCUCGGGAGUGGAUAGAAAUUUAUUUUUGGUUGUGUUUCAAUGCAGAUGUUUUAGUAUGUUAGCAGAGGAGAUCUUUAUGUGCAAGAAUAUAUUAUUUUUUGAUAAUGAAUUGUGUGACACCUGGCCAAUUCUGCAUCUCACUCUUAACACCAGAUCCGCUUCCCUGUCUCCAUCCAAAACUAUCACUAUCAUUAUACCCCCCUCCUCCCCCCCCCUCUCUCUCUCACUCUUACACCCCCCUCUCCCCCCUGCCCCCUGGGAUAAACUUUGUAGUCCAUUGUAUUCAUUCUUACUGGACUCUCUUUUGCCAGAAGAGAGGUACAAUAGGAAAUGGUAUUGAUAAUUAAUGAUAAGAAGCAGUUACAUGUAUCCUACUGUUUUACUGUUUGUAAUACAAAAAUAUUUGCCUCUCAUUUGUCGUUGAUAUUGACAAACUAGAGAAAAUAAGUCCUGGAGUGUAUGAUGGCAUUGUAUAAUUUCUUGUUACAUAAGUGACCAAAAGUUAAAUGGGUAAUUAUGUGUAGGCAGUUAAACGUUUAUCUGUAUAUAUUGUAAAAUAAGUACUUGAGGUUAUAGAACACUGAUUAUGGAUCUCAGUAAUCACUUUUGGCCUAAACCAUUGCAUGACAUUCAUCUCAGAGUGUUCCAAACUGUUGUGAUGGCCAUUCUGAAUUUUGUCCUUGUCGUCCCCACUUCCAGUAUCAGAUAAGCCAAGCUCCUGCAACAUUGAUAUUUUUCAUUUGGACAAGCCCAAAAUAUAUUUGUUGGUUUUUCGGAAGCAUAUUUUUAUAUUUCUCUGUACCAUUGUAGGUUGUUAAAUAAUAUUACAAUUAAUAAUAUAUUAUGCUUAGGACAACAAAUUGAUGACCUUCCUUCAAGUUGAUGCAGAUCUUUUAUUGGUACAUUUAGUGUUGCUGUGUGUCACUGAAAUGUGCUUUGCUAUAGGAAAAAGAAAUACAAAUGUUUUGCAUUUUAUUGUAAGUUUUUGGAUCAUCUUGUCUUCCUCAGUUUCUAAAGCAAAUGCCUUUAAAAUUUUCACAAUUUUUUAUACUGAAUAUUCCAUAUAUUGCAUUUACCUCGGUUUAUAGCCACAGUGCCUCUGAUGGUGAAUGGAGCCGUGUAAAUAUUGUGUAAACAGAAACAAUGACUUUUUUUUGCUUUGUUUGUAACUGUGCAACUGGUGUGAAACUCAGCAUCCCAAAUGGCUGCUGGGGAUUUCAUCAGGGCCAAAGUCCCAAGUAUCAGGAAAAUGGGGGUUGAUCAGUAACAACUGUUCCAUGAUGUGAUGUGCCAUUUUCAAUGGAGUGACUAUUGACUAUAUAUAUAAAUACUUUGUACUGUUUAGUGAUGGUUGCUUGAGUGUGACACAGUGUGGCGAAAAUGAUUUCACUGUGUUUGUUUCAAAUAAAGUCCUUGUUUUCCUUUUUUUUUUUUUUUUUGCAAUAAAUUGGUGACAGUUGUUUGGAGAGCAUAAUUUACAGGGUUAGAAAUUGCUGUAUAAACAAUCACUGUUAUUGCACAAAGUGAAGACAACCUCAUUAAACUAAACACAUUAUUGUCCAUGUUUUCACCUGUAUUUUCUGGGCCACUGCAAUAUUAAUGCAUUGAGUAUUAUACGCAUCAGAAUUUAUUUAUUUACACCAGUUGCAAAGCACUCCUUUUUUCUGUUGGGCACAAUAUGCUACCCUGUUUAAAUGGGAGAAAUCUAAAAAUUCAGCCAUUAAUUUCAGUUAUCUGUUAAUUGUAAAUGAUGUGUGGUGUCCACUUUCUGUUCAAGUUAAUUCUUUGUGUCAUUAUUGUAUUUCCUAUACCUAAGAUGUGUGGGAGAUACAGAUAUUUUGUAAGUGCUUCGUCAUAAUAUUUUGCUCAAGUUCUUUUUUGGUUGAACUGCAGUGGAAAUCUUACCUAAGAGAUCAUCUAACAACCCACUCCUGUAGAUGUAUAAUGUUAUUUUUUGAUGCCAGUUUUUUCAGUUACAGAAGGUUAAUAGCAGAUAUGUCAUCUAAAAUAUAAUGAAAUUUAAAAUAAAUCAGCAAACCCGUUGUUGAAGGGGGGUAAGAAUCCAUCUUACCUUCGGAUAGUUUGGAAUAGUUUUCAACUUCCUGAAGGGAAUUUCUGCUGCAGUUCGGUAGGUAGCAAUCUUAACCACAUAGAUGGAUUUACAGCAGUCCGAGUAAAAUUUCUCUUUGAGGGAAUACUAAGACAUUUGUAUUCAGUGUGUCUGCACUUGUCACUGCUGAAGAUCUAUCAAGGGGCUCGAUAAAAGAAUUACCAAGCUCUCUCGGCAGUUGUCAGUUUAUGUUAUACUAAACCCAUUGUUGUGUCCUGUUUGCAUGAGUGGGCUUUGGAUUGAGCUGUUACUGUGAUAUGCCUCAACCCUAGAAUUUAUUGCUUUUGUUAUUAGAAAAAUUAUUUGAAACUAAAUUGCCGGCCAGGGUGGCCGCGCAGUUCUAGGCGCUACAGUCUGGAACCGCGCGACCGCUACGGUCGUAGGUUCGAAUCCUGCCUCGGGCAUGGAUGUGUGUGAUGUCCUUAGGUUAGUUAAGUUUAAGUAGUUCUAAGUUCUAGGGGACUGAAUACCUCAGAAGCUAAGUCCCAUAGUGCUCAGAGCCAUUUGAACCAUUUGAAACUAAUUUAGACUAGUAUGACAGCGUGUUUUUUUUUUUACAGAUACUCCGAAAAUACGACACCAAAUAUAGUGUUUCAGCUUUAUCAGCAUUUCUGCUGAGACUUAUUGCACAAUAUUUUAUUGACGUUAUAAACAAAGGAAAGUUGGCUGAGGAACUUUUGUGAAAUACUUUUAAUAAUGAUCCUCUUAUCAUGUGGAAUGAUAUAAUGUAUGUUAUUUUUAAUUUUUUUUGUAUAUGAAUGGUUGUGUAUCCAUUUCCUUGUGUGAUAAGGAUAACAAUUUGUGUAUGCCAUUUUAUUUUACUUUAAAGUGUGAGUGUGUGUGUGUCUGUGUCUGUGAGAGAGAGAAAGAUUAAAGGUCUUUUUUAACUUAUUUAUUGAAGUGGGUGCUGUGUAUUAUAUACACACAUUAUGAACAGAGAUGCGUUUUAGAAGAAACAUAGUGUAUAUGAAUGAAAGUGUAUGUAACUAGUUUUUUAUACUUGAUACAGUAAUAAUUUGUAUAUGGAGAACAAUUUUUCACAGGAUGCCUUAACUGUCAGACUGAAUACUAAAUAUUAAAUGACUUAAAAAAGAUUCCUUUUUAUACCAUUGCAUAUUAGACAGUUGAAUAGUAUACGUGAAAGAAUACAUUUAAAAGUUGUAUAGUAUUUUGAACUGUUAUUUAUGGCUGUGUAAAAUCAAAGUCUCCAAGAGGAGCUGUAUAAAGAUCUUGGCGAUUGUAUUGUCCAGCUUUUCAUAAACUGCAUAUGUUCGAUGUUGUCACAUAAACAAAAUAAUAAUGCCUUGUGUGAGAAUAUGUACAGAAUGGAAUUGCUUUUCAAUUUGUAUAUAACAAUAAUACUAAUUACACUACAUGGAAAUUUCUGUAUUCUAUGCUGUUAACAGUUCCCUUCUUGUGUCACACUAACAGAAAAAUUCAAACACUUCUGCAGUCUUGUACUGUCAUUAUGUCACUGCAUUUGGUCAUGUAAUUUUUUUUAGGUCUCUUCAAAAAGGACCUUUUCCAGGAAAUUUGAUGGCAGUCGAAUAGUAAUCAAAACUACAAAAUUUAUGAUUACACGUUACUGUUCCUUAUAUUCAUAUUUUCUGUGAAAUAUCUACCUCAUGCAUUGAUUAUUUUCACUGCGUAAGUGACUUCUUUCAAAUCAUAAAUUGAAAUAAAGAUAGUGUGUGGAAAAUUUUAUUUUAGCAUAAACAUUGUGUUUUUAAUAACAGUUGUAGCUUCCAGAGGGAUUGUGGGUGCAUUGUUUCAAGGUUUAUUUGAUAGUUUGAGGAAUACACAAUCAUAAAUGGUAAAUUUUUAUUUGGUUGCUUUGUAUUGUUAUAUCUCUAUAUACGUAAAUUUUCUUCUUUUCUCCUAUUCAGCACAGAUCUCAAAACUUGUAGCAUACUGUAUGAAUGUGUGCCUCAUCAUAAUCUGGUAAAUCUAUUUAACUCCUGUUUUCAGUGUGUUUUGUUACUUUAUCAUCCCUGAUGCUCACAGGCUGAGAAGUAAGAGGCAGCUUGAGCCCGAGUAUACCAUUGAUAUAUAAUGGGAGUAACUUUCACUAAAUUACAUAGCUUCGAUUUUGCUAUCCAAUUCCAGUUGCAUCACUGUCUUCGGUAACUCUUUCAUGGCUGUCCAUAUGAUGUACAAGCUCAUUUUUCUUGUUUACAAUGGUUCCUAAUUCAUCUAACAACAGAUUUUCACACAACUUCCAUUUUUCAUUUUUCUGACAGUCUUCAGUGACCAGUAUACUGCGAACUUCUCUGUUUGAUAGCUGAAGUAUUCCUUCUAAACCAUGCUCUUUGUCAAGGAUAUUCAGCUGCAAAUGUCUCAUCAAUGCAUUUACUUGUUGGCUAUGUGAACAUUUAGACAUAAACAUGUCUUCUCUCCUCCUAUAGUUACCACUUCCGUUGCCUUUCAUAUAUUUUUUAAAGCAAUUCAGCCUGUUUAUGUAUUUUUUCUGCUCUCAUUUGAAGGUUUCGUGUUAAUUUUGGCUGUAGUUGUUUAUAUUAUCAGUAGUCUCUAAAAUCUUUGUAGGACUUCUUGUUGGGCUCAACUGUUAUGCUCAGCCUUAUGUUCUAGCAAUAGUACUGGAGAUGAUGCUUUUAUUCUCUUCAAGGAUCAUGACAAGACAUUCUGGUCACCAGUCUUUUCCAUUCUGCCUGGAAGUUCUACUGUCACCAACAUUUGUGACUUUACUGCGUAACUCAAUUGGCAAAGUAGGAACAACACCUGCCCUCACUUGAGCAGUAAGGUUUUGCACACUGUCUGGUAACUGUUGCUGCCUCUCCUCUUCAUCCUCUACUGGUUACUGAAAUGCUAGUUGGAUUUAAGUCUCAUGAAUUAUUACUCCUCUCUCUCUUAAAUUUGCCCUUAGUAGGAAACCAUACUAUUCAAAUUAUGCUCUGUGAGUUGGCAAGAAUUUUCUCUUUUACAUCUCUUAAUGACGUCUGAGAUUUUUCUGAAUUGUUUCUAGAGUCACUGGACAUGAACAGUAAUUAGAGCCUGAAUAAAGAGUUCUGCCAAUGCAUCUUUGGUUGAAAGAACCACACUUUUGCUGCCUUAAUUUACACCGAUUCCUUCUAAAUAAACUGAAGCAGGUGUGAAACAAAUGCACACUCAGAAGUUACACAGAAAUAAUCAUUCAACCUGUGACCCACCUUGACCACGCUAGAGGUAAAACUUUAAAUUUCUGCACACUGUAUGGAGUCACACUUCCACAGCCAUUUAAAAUAUAAUAAAUUAACUACCAACAGUAUCAGAUCACCCACAAAUACAGCAUUUCUCUUUGUUUGUUGUGCCCACUGUUUCACAGCACUGAAACAUAACAUUAGGGUGUAAACUUCUGAUUCUAAAUUCAUAUUUUAUAAGCUCUCAAAGACUGUGUUUGCAUCUCUGUCCACAUUUAUAUCCUGCAAACCACUGGGAAGUGCAUGGCAUGUUGUACAAGUAUUAUAUAUGUAUGUCACUACCCUGUUCUGUUUGUGAAUGUUUGUUUACAUUCAUACAUAUCCUAAUAUCUCUGAUUUUAAUAUUUUGUAGGUGAGACUACCAUAUUCUCACAGUUAGAUCCAAAGGCUUUUCCAGUUGUCAUUGUGGACGAUAGCUCACAUAGUCGAUUAAGUGUGCUUCUGCCUAGAUGUGAAUAUUGUUUGCAGCAUUAAAGAAUAUCCUUUAAGAGCUUGAUGUUUCUGGACAAUUGCAAAAUGUCUGAAACAAAUGGAAGUCCCUUGUAAAUUGACAAUUCAGUAAUUGAGUGACUCUCGUUUUGAAGUCCUCUUAACCUGCACUUGUAUCAUGAGAUUCACAUUUGUAUGUUUGCACUGACUGUUUUGCCAUCUCUGCCCUGCUUCUUUCGUACAUGCUAUUUCAAACAAUUUGAUAGCCAACUAUUCCUGUGCUUUACAUAAUGAAGGAGCAUUUCCCCACUCAGCAGCACUCACACUAAAGGAAAAGAGGAGGAGGAGGAAGAAGAAAUGGAUUUUCUUGUCUCGGAUGUCUUGUGUGGCCAAGCUUUACACAGUCACUGCAUAGGUAUUGUUCCCAUCACUGGAUAUGAGCUCUCCCUCCCAACUGAAAUAGUUCUCAAGUUUAACCUGCCUUCUAAAAGUCUGUUGCUGAACUGAAAUUGAGUAGCUCAUUUACUGCUCUGUUCAUUCUUCAAAGAAGACACAUUUCAUAGCAAAGAAACCUGUCAUCAUGGCACGGACGCUCAUACACAGGGGCAGGUGGGUCCCCGCGUUCCUCCCUGCCUCUCAGAGAAAGGAAAAAAUAUAGUGAAGUGAGGUCUUUUUCUUUCAGGAGAUUGAUUUCAAAGUCAGUAUUACAUAGUUUUUUAACAGCCUUGGAACUGGAUCUUUUUUGUGGAUACUUAUAAGUCACCAUUUGUGUUCCAAAGUAUAGAAAAUACUCCAUACCACCAGGUCUUGGAUCCCCCUAUGAACACUUGUAAGAACGCCCUUGCAUCGUGGAAUUGUGCUUGGUUUCCUGUUAGGCAUCUCUGUAGGUGAGUCACACCCACUAAUUAAUGCCGUACACUGCCUUUGUUACCCUGAUAGUCAACUCCCAGUUUUUCUCAUUCUUUCAAUUUCCCUUUCUUUUCUCGCAAUAAUCUGUGCUUCACCUUUCAUUUUGCCGUUCAUCGCCUUCAGUGACAUUCACGUUACCCUUAACCAUUUACCCUUAACCAUUUCUCGCCUACUGUUUGUCUUUAGAUACGAUAACCAUUCGAGCCGGUACUUCCUGUGUUCGCACUUAGACGACUGGUAGUAGUUUUACAUGGCUGGAGGUAUGGGAAUUUGGAAUUUUAUUUUAACUUACUCUAGUGCACGAAUUAUUUGAUGAAAAUUAGUGCAGUUUUUGAGAAUUGUUAAUAACAGGAAUCUGUUAAUUUGAAAUGUGCAUAUUCAUUUUGAGUGACCUUUUAGUCUGUUAUUCCUUGAAGCAAUCUUUGAAACAAAUUUCUAUGCCACAAUCUUAUCCCGUGAGUUUCUAGCAGAUCCACUAGGAGAGAGUGCCUGAAAUUUUAAUGGACACCCUCUACUUUGUCAGUGGAAUGGCCAAUAAACAAUAAAUGUAUUGUGCAUUGAAAUAUUUAGCAGCAUUCAAAAUAUUUUCACCUCUCACCUGUCUUUUUGUUUCUGUACCGACACUUUACCUUUCUUCCCAUUUGCUCAGUUUCUGACAAAGUACUUAAUAAUAUGUCACCUCAGAUUUCCUUACUCCUGUGGCUAACAGGUGGCAGUGCAAUAGAGUUUUAUCUGCGAGAUUCGAACCGCACAUACAUGGUUGGUAUGCGACUGUAUACGUGAGAGGGUGAGUAUCCUCUGCUCGCCUCGCUCUCUGUGCAUCCGUUGUUGAGCUUAGUACAAAGGAUAGAGAGCACUUCCUCCUCCCCUCAGACUCGAUCCCUACCUCAGCCUACUCUUCCGAGAGUUCAUUGACUCACAUGGUUCCUAGGUUUGCUCGUCACCCUCAUUGUCUCCCAGACUCAUCUGGUGCUCAUUUUGGUCAUUUAUAUCCAGGUGGCCACAAAUUUUCCACCUUUGCAGUCUGAUGUCUCUAGAUACCAUCCUUAUUCUCUUGUGGUAUUCUUCCUUUUGGAUUGCAUCCCACCCUUCACCACCAUGUUAAAUAAAAGUAACUGAUUAUUUUAUCCUUUUCCUUUUUGUAUCCAUUCGUGUUGGAUAGUAUUGGCUUUGUCCAGCAUCUCAGCACACAAAAAAUAACAGAUAUAUGUGCAUGCAGAAGGUAUCAGUUCUCUAAAUGUUUUGCAGUUGCUUGUGUUAGGUGGUAGUGCAGUAUUUUUCCUAUUUUAUUACCUGUAGAAUUAUAUAUGUGAGCCUGGAUUCACGUAUAUUACCUCUGGUGUCAUUUCAACUGCUGUUUCCUUUCCACUCCUGAUGCGCUACACUUGUUUCAUAUAAACCAUAUUCACUGUAUUAUUUGGCUCUACUACUUAAGUCAAGCAAUUUUUGAACAAACUGUCAUAGAGCUCUACUUUGUGCUAAAAUGAUAUUUAUUUUUGUCGCUACAUCCAGAAAGAAAAACUCCCUCCCCCCUUUUCCCCCCCUCAUUUUCAUACUGUAUGGCCAUUGUUUCUGUUGUGUUCAGUCAUCUUGAGUUCAUGCCUUCAAGCAGCUUCCCCUUUCCCCGUUUUCUGUCUUACAGCUUUUAUAAACCACUUAUCCACCACUACAUUGUUCAUACCAAUUCAGAGGAAGUGCAGAUCACUGAAAUGCACUAUGUCUAUGUAAAAUAAUUAUUUUUAUUAACAUCCAUAUUAUUGUUUUUCUAUCAGUGACUGUCAAAAUAGUUGUGUAAUUUGUUAAAGUAUGAGCUUAUAUUGUGAUUCAUCAUUGCUUUUGUAUAUUACACAAUUACUAUUUAUCCAUAAAUAGUAGCAACUGUUUUGUUUCAUCAUUCUGGUGGACACUCACUCCCUUGGCUCAACUGUCUUGUCACCAUGGUUUGUCCUCCACUAUGUAUCUUACUUUAUUCCCAGUGCUCUAAUUCCGGUUCAUGUGCUGUUGAAAGAAAACUUAAUUCCUCCUGGAUGCUGUGCCUCUUGACUGCAUACAUUCAUGAAUCUUUUUUUUUUUUCUUCAUUGCUGUGGUUGGCCUAUAAUUUUAAUACUUAUGUUGCUGGCAUUUUGUUAGUGUUGCUAGUGUUAUACUGUCUGCAGUAUAAAGCAUGCAGAAAAAUAGGGAACUGUAAACAGUAAUUUUGUUGCCUAACCAGUAUGUUGUAAUGUCUAAUACAAUGUGCAUACUGCAGGGCUCAUAUUGUCCCUAAGAAUACUGAACUGGGAAGAUGAAAUGCUUUAUGUAAGCUGUUGUAAACACUGUGAUAAUAAAAUUAUUAAGUCUCA